AUGGGGCCCAGAGGGGGUAAAGGCAACAAGGGAGCCUGUAGGUUGAUGAUUGGAUCGUGGAAUAUAGGGACGUUAACAGGUAAGUCUAUAGAGCUAGCGAAGAUUCUCCAGAAGAGGAAGGUCAAUAUAGCUUGUGUUCAGGAGACCAGGUGGGUAGGAUCGAAGGCGAGGAAUGCAGACGGGUUAAAAUUGUGGUACUCUGGACGCGUGAAGGGCAAGAACGGAGUGGGUAUUUUGGUGGACACGGAGCUCAGGGAGUCAGUGGUUGAGGUUAGGCGGGUGAAUGACAGAUUGAUGGCGAUUAAGUUAGUAGUUGGAGGGAGCACUCUGAAUGUCGUUAGCACGUACGCACCGCAAGCGGGCUUGGACGAGGAGGUUAAGAGGCACUUCUGGGAGGGGUUGGAUAAGGUGGUGCGGGGUAUUCCGUCAACAGAGAAGUUAUUUAUAGGAGGGGAUUUAAAUGGUCAUAUUGGGUUUCGCUAG